CCUCCCUCCUUCGUGUUAUGUUUGUACCGUUUUGUACCUUGUGCUGGUCAGUUAUUCUAUUUUGGUGCAAUGACAAUAUAAACCGAAUUAGAGCGAUUGAGACGGGCUCCGAUCCGAUCACAGCCGUGGUGAUCUUCAUUUAUGUGAUGAAGUAACAGUCUGUGAAUGUCAAACUUUGUGACCUGCAUCGGAUGAGACCAGGUUAAAAACUCGCUGAGAACAUUUCAAGAUCUGUGGAUUUAACUUGAAGAUCAACAUGAAGUUCGCCCAGAUCAUGCUGAAGAACAGCUCGAAGCUGAACAUACCUAAACAAGUGGACAGGUUUUCAAAGUACUCUCCGACCCCGCUGUCAAUGAAGCAGUUCAUUGACUUUGGAUCUGCCAAUGCCUGUGAAAAGACCUCCUUCAUGUUUUUAAGGCAAGAGCUUCCUGUCCGGUUAGCCAACAUCAUGAAGGAGAUCGAUUUCCUCCCGGACAAACUGCUCAGCACUCCUUCACUGAAGCUGCUUCAGAGCUGGUAUGCACAGAGUCUGAUGGAGCUUGUUGACUUUUUGGAGAAAGACCCUGAUGAUAAAAACAUCCUAACUAAAUUCACAGAAACGCUGAUCAAUGUCAGGAACAGGCACAACAGUGUGGUGCCCACCAUGGCACAGGGAGUGCUGGAGUACAAGGAGGCCUUUGGCGUGGAUCCCGUGACCAAUCAGAACGUCCAGUAUUUUUUGGACCGCUUCUACAUGAGCCGAAUCUCCACACGCAUGCUGAUGAAUCAGCACACGUUAAUCUUUGAUGGCAGCACCAAUCCAGCCCACCCCAAACACAUUGGCAGUAUCGACCCAAACUGUGAUGUUGUGGAGGUUGUAAAAGAUGCCUGUGAGAGUGCCAAGAUGCUGUGUGAUCAGUACUACUUGACGUCUCCCGAAGUGGAAAUCAAACAAGUGAACUCUGAAGGACCCAGUGAUCUUAUACAUAUAGUUUAUGUGCCUUCUCAUCUGUACCACAUGCUCUUUGAACUCUUCAAGAAUGCAAUGAGAGCAACUGUGGAAACCCAUGAGACCAGCCUACAUCUCCCACCAAUCAAAGUGAGAGUUUCUCUAGGAAGAGAAGAUCUGACCGUCAAGAUGUCUGACAGAGGAGGUGGGGUUCCUUUGAGGAAAAUCGAAAGGCUUUUCAGCUACAUGUAUUCAACUGCACCGAGUCCUGUGACUGAAAACAGCCGUAAUGCUCCCCUGGCUGGUUUUGGAUAUGGUCUUCCUAUUUCCCGCCUCUAUGCCAAGUACUUCCAGGGAGAUCUGCAGCUCUACUCUAUGGAGGGAUACGGCACAUCGGCAGUCAUAUACCUAAAGGCCUUAUCCACUGAGUCAAUAGAAAGACUUCCUGUCUUUAACAAGUCAGCCUUAAGGCAUUAUCAGACGAGCACAGAAGCAGAUGACUGGUGCAUACCAAGCAGCGAGCCCAAAAAACUGGGAAAGUACGAGUACGGUGUUGAGAGGAAGGAGAAGCUCUUAAGAUAAACACAAGGACUGAACAGGGCUGUGAACUAUAGUGGAGUUCAUUUGGGUAACCAUGUAUGUGACUGUUGAGGUUUUUCAGAAGUAUGGCGUUAUCAAAGGGUUGAUAAUUGACUUCAUGAAUGUUACAGUCUGAAUAACAAGGGCAUUUUUGUCUUCCACAUCUCACGUUGCUUAUAAUACACCAUGCACUUCAUUUGUGGUGCUAACUUUUUCGUUUAGAGUUUCACAAGACUCUUCUGUGAUGUUAGAGACUUCAGUCAAAUGCAUUGAAUCUGACUGGUCAUUUGAGCAUGUGACGAUUCCUACACAUUACCACAGAUUUGAACUGAUUUUUAAGUGUGUUUUGAGUAUGUAAACUUGUGUUUUAGUCAGUGGGGCCAAGUUACCAGCUUUAUGUAAGUUAUAGCAUGUAUCUCUAGCAAAUAUUUGAGAGAACAUGUAUGCAUCUGAAAGUAACCAAGGCUUUAUAUGUUUCCUUGGUUAAAAUGCAUUCACAAUGCAAACGUUAGAAUGACCAUAGUAGUGUGUUUCUUGAUUGUGAUCGUUAAAUGUUCCACAGUUGGACCUGUUGUUUAACACUCCGUUUAGUUUUGAGUGUAAAAAUGUAAUGCUAUCAAUGAGGCCAAAUCAUUUCAAUGUAUACAUGCAAGAGUUGUUGUCAUGAUGAAAUCCAAGUAACUUCACUGACAUUAAACAACAUGAAUUUAAUUUGACACAAUCUAAUAUGUACUGUAAUAAUAAUAGAGUGAGUUGUGUCAGAAGAAACCGACAAAGUAAGUUUGGGCCCAGGUUAAUUUAUUUAAAACUGGUUAGAUAGAUUUGACAGUGUUGCUUUUUGUUAUGUGUGAAGCUUUUUAUGACCACAAAAAUGUAUGAUCUUUGUGACAUCAGCUUCUGGGUGAACAUGUCAGGUGUUCUGUAUGAACAAACAUGAUAUGUAGCUCUAUUUGCUCUUCUUUUUUCUAAGCAUGAAAACACUGAAGAGACUGAAAUAUAAAUGGCUCAUUUUAAAUAUAUUAUCUCAGGAUUGUGCA